AUGAAAAUAGAUGGAAAUCAGGAAACUUUCAAAUAUGCGAGCAAGUUCUGGUCAAACAAAACGACGUAUCAGUCAAAUAGCUUGGCAAUAGACGACAAAGAAGCAAAACUGGCUUCGUAUUGGACGCUAACAUUUACUGAAAUUUAUCAGGGAAUGAAAGUAAACGGGACGAUCAGAUGGAUCACCUUUAGGUACAAAGCAUCAUCUUUGUACAGUCUUAUUGCUGAUGGUCACUACAGAAAGACAAGUGAAGGAUUCAACGCAAGAACUAGCCAACCUCACUCAUUGGCAAGUGCCGAAGCAGCUCGUCUGGGAUUUAUUGCAGACGGAUAUGACAACUGUGUACGACCAGCCACUUUUGUUCCAUUGGCACAGUCCUAG